CCAACGCUAGGAGGAGUCACGCUGACGCUGGUCACGCCCAUGGAAAACCGUGACGUCAUCGGCCGGUCCCACUUCAAAGGGUUCGGAUAUGUUCGGAUCAUUUCGGCGCGACGUCUCGCUGUCGUAGCAAGUUCUCUCCUUUAUCCUACGUCGCCCGAUAGUCUACCUUCGUAUCCGUUACACGUUACAUGAGUAUUAUCGCUGUUCCGCGUAUACAAAUCCGCGCUCUUUUUUUAUAUUUUAUUUUAAUUUUUUCUUUUUUAGUUUUUAAAAAAUAGUUUUCGUUUUUAUUUAUUUACCUGCGAUAUUUUCGUUCGUAUUUUUGUUAUUGUUGUAAAACCCUUAUUCGCGACUUUUUUAUAAUACCGUUUUUAUUCGAGUUGUUUUUAUUAUUUUUAAAGAGUAUCCAGAUUCGAUGUUGUAAGACGACGACGACGACGACGACGACGAAGAAAAACGUGAUUUUUUAUCAGCAUCCUUUAUUUUACGCGAUUUUUUUUCUGUUCUCAUCGAUGGUUAUGUUUUUUGAGAAAACAAAGCUCGACCGGCGUUAAUUCACAUUUUAUAAUGAGUAAAUUAUUACAAGUUUCAAAUAGUGCGAUGAUGUAUCGGCGUAGCCAGCCGGUGCUCAUUUGUGUAUGAUUUUACAACCCGUGUAUAUUACAAAGAGUGAUAUUAAUUGAUAAAUUUUAUAAGUGAAGGUGUCAUCAUUUCGUCUUUCAAAACGGAACGUACUCGUAGUAUGACACGGAGGAAACAGAAUUGUCCCAAAAGGAUGAAAUGGGAAGGUGGAGAAGGCGAAGAACCUCCGGAGGAAGUACAAGAAGACGAAGAUGGUGAUGAAGAAGAUGAAGACGGAUCUAGAAAUUCGACCGGUACUCCUGAUAUGAUCCCCGAUUCCAGAAUCGCGUCUCCUAUCACCGUCCUACACGAAGAAAAUACUCAACCUAUUGAUCUAGCUAAUAGCGAAUUGCUCGCAAUAAAUUCCGGCGAAAGUCCACACUCUGCAAAAGAUACUCUGCUCGCUGGCCAACGUUCGUCAGCCACACCUCCGCCACCAAUCCUCGAACGGUGCUCAUCGGGCGAAUCUCUCGAUUCGGCAGCCGAAGACGAAGGCCCCGCUUCGGUAUUCCAACCAGUUCCUCCGCGACUAGCCACCAUGGUCAGCGCAUCAUCGCCUCUAAUAUCGUCCUCAUCGUCACCUCCGCUAUUGUUACCAGUCAACGCUACAACGCCUCCGCUCAAAUCACCAAUCGUAGCAGCGGUCGCCGCAGCAGCCGCAGCCGCCGCCAACGCCUCUGCCAACGAGGCCGUGCUCGACUUCAGUACCAAAAGGCGGCCGGACGAUAACGCUUCUCCGGUGCUGAACUUAUCGAAAUCGGGCAACACUUCAUCAGCCAGUGAAUCGAGUUUUGUUGCUAAUGGUCCUCUGGAUCUAUCACUGGGUGUGAAUAAAAAACGCGAACUGGAAGAUCCUCAUGUUGGAGGCGGUAUGCAUAAGAAACCAGCUCGAAUGCCGACCACUCCGAUAUCCCCUUGGUCAUCACCUCUACUCACAUAUCAACUGCCGUAUUUCGCUCCAGGUGGCGUACCGAUGAUGCAGAAGAACAACAGCGCUGCUGGGUCACCUGGGUCGGCAUCCGGUCCGUCGGCUAGUCCGCUUCAUCCGAUAGAUGCGGCUGCCGCAGCUGCCGCCGUCUGGAACGGCAAAUCCAAGAUCUCAGAUAAGAAUCACUUCGGUGGUAUGUCGAUGGCUCCGAGCGACGCUACGAAAGCUCUGGAGAAAAUGAGCGAGCUCAGUAAGUUGGGCGUCGUAGAUGAUUUCAGACCAGUCAUUCCCUUAUCUCCAAAUGUCUCCGGUAGUAGCGGAGGUCGUCAUAGUGCUUGGCAAUCGCACUGGCUCAAUAAAGGCGCCGAUCAGGCCAAAGACGUGUUAAAGUGUGUCUGGUGCAAGCAAAGUUUUCCCAGCUUGGCGGCCAUGACCGCUCAUAUGCAGGAGGCCAAGCAUUGCGGCGUCAACGUACCCGGAGUUUCACCUCUGCAGCAAUCCAUUACAUCGAUUUCCACUCCGUCUCAAACCUCUACCACUACAUCGUCGGUUAGCAGCUCGUCGGUGUCCAGUAAUAAAUCCUCGUCCGAUUUGAAUCUGCUCAUCAAGGAGACGAUGCCUUUGCCCAGGAAGCUGGUCCGUGGCCAAGACGUAUGGCUGGGUAAAGGAGCCGAGCAAACUAGACAGAUUCUCAAAUGCAUGUGGUGCGGACAAAGCUUCCGUUCGUUGGCCGAGAUGACCAGCCACAUGCAGCAGACCCAACAUUACACCAAUAUCAUCUCGCAAGAACAAAUCAUCUCGUGGAAAUCGUCCGAAGAAGGUAAAUCGAGCGGCGGCGGUGGUAAUUCCGGCCAUUCGGGGUCCGGCGGCGGCGGCGGAGCAGGCAGCAACGCCAACUCCAACUCGACCAAUAGCCAUGUCAGCGCCGUGCUGACGUGUAAAGUAUGCGAUCAAGCGUUCAGCUCGCUCAAAGAGCUCAGCAACCACAUGGUGAAGAAUUCGCAUUACAAAGAGCACAUCAUGAGAUCGAUCACCGAAAGCGGAGGUCGCCGAAGACAGACUAGAGAAAAAAGAAAGAAAUCGUUACCAGUACGCAAGCUGUUGGAAUUGGAGAGGGCGCAGAACGAACUCAAGAACGGAGGCGAUAACAUGAUGAUGACGAUGAUGAUGAUGGGUGGUAAACCCGGAUCUCUGCACGGAUCAUCGUCGAAUCGUAUCACUUGCGAAAAAUGCGGCGAUAAAAUCGAUAUGGCGGUGUUCGUGGAUCAUAUUAGGAUAUGCGUCGGCGCCAACGCUCAGCUGACCGACGAAAAGAAGAAUUUGCUAAAGAAUGCCCUAAUGUCGUCGUACAAUAACGCUUCCGAGUCACUGACGGAGUCCGCAUCCGGUACCAAAGGCGGCAAAGAUCCUCCGUACCAGAGGCUAUCGCCCAAAGCUUCGGAUCUUAGCGUCAGCAGCGGUAAAGAUAGCUCGGCAGGCGGAGGUGGCAAGUCAGAUAAGUCAUCUUCUCCUUCCGUACUGAACGCCAUCGAGAAACUGAUCGAGAAAAGCUUCGAUCCCAGAAGCAGACACGGUGUAGCCGGGUAUCCAGGUUGCCAGCCCAGCAGCACUUCACCUAUCGGUUCGAGUAUUCUGAAACGACUCGGUAUAGACGAAAGCGUCGACUACACUAAACCCCUAAUGGACGUUAACUUACAAGCAGCCAAGGCCUAUAUGCUCGGAUCUCAUCAAUUCCACAACUCGCACUACGACCAGAACUACUUCAGCGGCGGCAGCAACAGCGGCGGCGGACGCAGAGAACGCAGCGGUAGCGAGUCGAGCUCGGUAUCGGAACGUGGCAGCAGCCGGCACGAGUCGUCAACGCCGGAUCGGAAAUUCGACGACAGGACGCCUCAAACGACACCCGAAAAACGCGUCUCUUCGUCGCCCCAGCCACCCAAAUCGAACGAAUCUGCCACCAAAGAGCAUCUAGCAGCCGUCGAGAUCAAAGAAGAACCAGGCUCAGUCGUCGACGAAGACGUUAAACCGGAUAUCAAAAUCGAACCAGUAGAUACCGAUAGAGAAGACGACGAUGGUAAGAAAAGCGACAAAGAUGCCAGCCUGACACCGCGUCGUUCCAGCAGUGAUUCGUCAACCACGUCCAAAAGCAUUCCACCAGCUUCGGCCGAUGACCUAGGGGAAGACCUGAGCACCUCUGGCAGCAGCAAGAGACUAAAAAAAACACCACCCGAUUCUAGUCCGGCUACGAUGGCCAGCCCGAGCCGCAUGGAACGAGCUUCGGUCAGCCCUAGCAUCGCGAUGACCGCAAGUCCAACCAACUCCGAACGAUCCAUUACACCCAGAAGUACCAGCGACAAGAAAUCUACCGGUAGUUUGGGCGCUCUGUCUUCCAUGUUCGAUAGUCUGUCCGGUACGACCUCGUCGGCCAGCUCGGAAGCUCCGGCUCAGUCCAAUAAGGCGUCCAAUCAUCCGUUGGCAGCGUUGCAGAAACUCUGCGAUAAGACAGAAACCCAUCAUCAUCCGGCUAGCGGAAGCAGCUCAAGGGCCAACUCAUCCUCAGCCUCGGCCAAUCAUUCCGAUCGUACUACUCCUCAGUCCAAUACUCCCGGAGCCAUAUUGGCCUUCAGUUGGGCCUGCAACGACGCCGUUGUCACCGACUCCAUUAUGAAAUGCGCCUUCUGCGAUACCCCUUUCAUAUCGAAAGGAGCGUACAGACAUCAUCUCUCCAAGACGCAUUUCGUCAAAGACGGAGUCAUACCGGAUCCGGUACCGCUCAAGUCACCCAGCUCGAAUUCGUCGAGCGGACAAAAUACCUCGUUACCAACCUCGCUGGUCGUCAAGAACUCCCAGCAGGAGAACUGCAAAGCGGCCGGAUCAACGCCUCAGUCAACGUCGUCCUCCACAUCGUCCAUUAAAAGCCCACAGCCGCAGACGUUCGAUGAAAGUCCUCAUUCGAAAUUCCUCAAGUAUACCGAACUAGCUAAACAAUUGUCCAGCAAAUACGUAUAAUCGUGAGUUUUUACACACUUUUUUUUCUUUCUUCUUCUUUUUCUCUAUUUCGUAAUGUUAUUCGUCUUUUUUUUUCUCUCUCUCUCUCUUUUGAUAAGAAUGUCGCGUCUUCGUUUAUUUUUUUCCCUUUGUUUUCGUUGUUUUAAUGUUUACUUAUCUUACCCCCUUUCCCUACCCUGUCCAGUCCAUUGUGGAUGUGCUCGUGGAUUUUACGAGACAUGCAGAUGAAUGUUUAGUGUUUACUUUUGAAGUAUUCCCUGCCCCCCUUUUUUUUUGAAAAAAUUCCUCAGCCCUGAGUCUGUCAAGGGUGGUUUAUUAUUCGCUUGGAUUUCGAAUUGUGAUCUUUCAACUCGAUAAAAAAAAUUUUUUCUGAUCUAUUUCGAUGUGGAAAAAAUCUGUAUUUCGUGAGGGUCUGGAAAAAGCUCAAUUUUACGUAUACUUUCUCCCCUUUUUCUCCCUCCCCCUCCCUCUUCAAGAAAUGCAAAUCGAUUACGUUUCGUUUUUUUUGAAACGAAAAUUUAAAAAAUUGAAAAAAAUAUUCGUACUUAUUAUUUUUUUUGUCAUCGAACAAUCUACGAAUAGAAAAAAGAAAAAUGGUCUAUAUAGUUAGAAUGUGGCGAUUUUUUUCUUAUUUAGAGAUGUAAAAAAAAAAAAUUAUAUUUAGUGAGCUGUGAAUCUCCGCCUAACCAUUAUUAAACGGUAUACGAUUUUUAUUAGGUGGUUUCUUCGUUUUUUUCUAGUCCACUUUUUUUUCUUCUUUUAUUAUUUUUUUUUUAGUUAUUUGUAUUAAAUUUUAGAUUCUAUACAAGUAUACGUGUAUUCUUAAAGGUAGUAUGAGUGUGAUGUAGACACACACUAUUAUUAUAUUUUAUAAGUGCCAGCGAUUUAUCAUUUUUUUUCUCAUAAGUUUUAAUAUACCUCGUUUUUUUUUUUUUUUUUCUAUAAAUACUAUUAUGUACCUAAAACGUCAUAAUAUUUUGAUAUCUUCUCUCAGUAUAACUUAUAAGACUAUACCAUUGUUAAGUAGCUCGUUGAAUAAUUUUUCCAAAAUUGUUUACUCGUGUCAUUUUUGCUUUAAAAGGAAAAACAAAAAAAUGUGUAGAGGUUGUAUGAGGAUUAUCGCGAGGAAUUGUUGUAUACCAUUUUUAUUUUUACUUAUUUUUUUUUUCUUUUUCUAAUGAGGAUGUAUUAAUAUGUUAUUUUGCCAUUUAUCAUUUUGAUUUUUUUUCUUUUUUUAAAUUUAUCGACGAAAAAGGCUGUUUAAAGCUACAUACGUAUUGUAUUAUUUUACUGUGUUUAAUAAUAUGUACCUAUUAUUAUGCUCAUGGUCGUUAAUUAAGCAACAUACUCGGCGUACGUCUCUUUUAAUGAUAUUUUUGUUAUACCGGUGUUGUUGGAUUUGUAUUAUUUUUUUUUCUUGUUUGUUUGAUUUUGAUGAAAUUACGAAAGGUAUGAAAAAAAAAACUAGUCAAUGGUGAAAGAUAAUUAAUUUAACCAUUUAAAAUACUCAACAGAUGAAUUUGCAUUUAUUAUCUAAAAAAAAAAGGCAUCAACUUUCAAAAAAAAAAAAAAAAACGUAACGAAAAUUGUGUCAUAGUCGAUCUCACACAUUGACACGUUUAUUAAGAUGUAUUGUAACGUUAUACUUUAUAGAAGAAAGCUCUUAAAAAAGCUGUUUUUUUUAUUUCCAUUCCAAAUUACUUAUUUUUUAUGUUUUUUUUUCUGUUUUUGUUUUUAAUUGUAAUUUUUUUACCACAUAGAGUUUAGUAUCUUCCAUGUUUUUUUCUCUUUUUUUUUGAAAAUGGGUGAAAGUGAGAUGUGAAACAGUAUAAUACAGACUACGAUAAAAAGUAUACGAUUUUAUUUAUAUUGUAACGCUUUUCUAUUACUUUUUUUUUUGUAUUUUGAAAAAUGGCGUCAUUUUUUCGGCUUUCAUGUACCUACUUACCCGAGGUAAAGGUAUUAUUGAAUGUGUGUGAAACAUGAUGAGUGUAAAAGCGAUACCUACCAACGUUGAUGAAUAUAUUUUUGGCCUUUGGGUUCUGCGAUUCUCGAAAGCUUUAUUGUAUACCUACUUUAAUGUAUUGUCUUGUUGUCUUCCUGUGUAAGUGAUGAUGAUGAUGCCAUUGAAAAAAAAAAAAAAAUUCAAGGAAAAAACAACGUUUAUUUAUAUAUUUAUAAUCAUGUGUUCAACAGUAUAGUAAAAUUUAUUGCUAAUUUAAUUUGAAGCUUUCCCAAAAAAAAUGAAAAAAAAAAAUGUGAACGUAAUUGUAUGAUAUUAGUUUUGUAUAAUUGACUUACGCAGUGUUAAAGAGUUAAGUAAAUCUGUAAUUUAGAAAAUUGUAUAAAACUGUUUUUCCUCUUACUGUUUUUAAUUUUACUGAAUAAUAAAAACUUACUAUUA